AUGGCAGAGCACGCAGAGCACACAGAGAGGAAUCGUCAGUACUUUGACAAGUUGGCCAAGUCCUACACCAACGACUUCAAGAGUGUCCUGGAAUUUAUUUGCAGGCUAGUGGAUCGUCACCGUCCCUGGAUCAGUGAUGCAUGGGUCGACACGGAGGCUGGAAAGGGGAAAGAGAUUAAGAUGCUAGAGUAUGCAUGUGGGACUGGGCCUGUGUCUUUGACAUUGGCACCUUUUGUGUCGAAAAUCGUUGGACUCGACGUCUCAGAUAAUAUGAUUAGCGAGUACAACAAGAAUGCCGAAGAAGCGGGCUAUGGAGACAAGAUGGUCGCGCUCAAGGGUGACCUUCUGGCUGAGACUGCUCCGGCAGAGCUCUCAGGGCCCGAGUACUUUGACUUUGAUCUCGUGGUUGUCAGCAUGGCCCUUCACCACUUUGAGAGACCAGAAUUAGCCAUGGCCCGCUUUAGUGAACGUCUGAAGAAAGGUGGUGUGUGCGUAAUCGUCGACAUUGUGCCAGACGAUCACCACCAUGGCCAUUGUCACAAGGUUGAGCAUGGCUUUGGCGAUGCUGAGCAUACGGUCAAAAGCCACGGGUUUACCACGGAGCAGAUACAGCAGCUAUACGGAGGAGCAGGGCUUGGGAUGGGCUUCAAAUAUGAUAUUUCGAAGGAGCAGGUCGUAUUUCGCAAGGACGGAAAAGAGCAUUUAAAGACCAUAUUUAUUGCUCGUGGGCAGCGUGCGUGA